AUGCCAUCCUCUUCUUCUCCUUCAUCUCAUUUUCAUUCUGCUUUUUCGUCCCCCACGAAACUUUGUGGACUCGAAAUUGAACUUGAAAUGGAGCCGGCUGUUAUCCAAAAUCUCACAGAGGAACUGAAGAAAGCCGAGCUUGAAAACUCUAUCCUUAAGCAAAAGAUUAAUAUUUUGGGACUCGAAAUUGGCGAUAUUUCGAAGAACUUGGAGAAGUGUCAGGUGGAAUUUGAGGCAAACAGUCUGAAGUUCAAACAACUGAGUGCCGGGAAUCGAAUGGCUAAAACCGUACUCAAGAAUCAGCAAAAAGAGAUCGGAUCGUUCCGUAUGGCUGAAAAGAUAUGGAAGCAUCAGCAAGAUCAACUUGAAAAGCUUCGUGUCACUCAACAACAGGAAAAGGAAAAUCACAAACCAUGGAACUACGGAGAAUCUUGGAGAUCCUAUCAGACUGUCAAGACGAAUGAGAAGACGUGCGAUGACAAAGAGGGAUCGGAUGACGUGAAGCUACUUGUGAAUCAUGGAUACAAGAAGACGGAGGCGGAGCAUAUUAUGAAGCAAGUUAUGGAGAUUAGAAAGAUGCAAGCUGCAAAUAAGAAUACAGUAUCCCAUCAAUGUGACCGUAAUUUAUAA